UCAUAUAAACAAUCAAGCGUUCCCAUCUCUCGUUUCCUAAUUUAGUGCAUAAAAAACGUACCAUUAUCGUAGAACAACCACCAAGCUGAUAGAGGCCAAGCAUUACAUUGGCCAACUGUACAAUGUGGCAUCGAAUUAGGACGUAUUAGGUGGUAUUUUUCUCCGCAGACGUAACAGUGGGAAAGCAACAACAAGGAACUCUCCUUUCGCAUCGUCAUUGCAGUAUAGCAAACAUGAAAUUUCCCUUCCUAUCAGCGGCACAUCUGUUGCUGCUUUACCUGGUUCCGCUAUUGAUCGAUUUGCGGCACAGUUUGGUGCGGGCCGGUGACAUCAUCGACAUUACCAGCACCGUGUUCGACAAGCUAACCGAUGCAAUUCCGGCCGCGUACGGCGAUUUCAACUCAGACGAACUGACCGAUGUGUUCGUGCUGCGGAACAACUUCCACACGCUGCAAAUACUGCUCGGCAGCGACGACAAACCGUUGCUAAAGGAAGGGCCAAAGUGUGAAUACAAACGGCACAAGAUUACCAGCAUCGUACCGGGCGAUUUUGAUGGCGAUGCGUACAUGGACGUGAUGUUUACGGUGCAACCGGAAGGCGGUGACGACGCACGCACGCAUGUGUACAUCAACUGGGGUGCGUCGGAGGAGAUGAACUGUACGGCAGAAGACGAGAAGCCACUGAUCGAGAUGAUUGGCCAACCGUUGGCGUUGGAUUACGAUAACGAUUUCAUCAUCGAUCUGUUCGGAUUGGAUCUGGAGCGGAAGCGUACGUUCUGGAUUUUCAAAAAGCCAGACGAUCAGGGACAGCGUCGCCAGUUUACGGUGCAGAUGGAAGGAACGCACGGGGCGGAACUGUCCGUACCCCAUUCGCAUGCCGUGCUCGACCUGAACAAAGACUUUUCGGCGGAUCUGUUUCUCACGACGACGGCCGGUUUCGAGGUGUGGUUCGGUGCGAACAGUCAGGCAAAGUUUCGAUUCAGCCACAAGAUUGACUUCCCGGAGGGAAACUAUAACAAGCACGUAGGGCGCGCCAUCUUUCUGGAUGUCGAGCUCGACGGUAGCUUGCUGCCGGUGUUUCCGAUGUGCUUCGACGCCAAGUGUGUUAACUCGAGCAUUAUUGUGCACCAUGGCAACCAUCUGCACGAUCUGCAGAUCGAUUUCAAGGACGACCAUAAUGACGCGUGGCAUUUCGUUGUGCCGGACCGGUCGAACUGGGCCACGCAAAGCAUCACUCUGCGCGGCGGAGACUUCAAUCUCGACGGCUAUCCGGACCUGCUGGCAACGCUCACCAAAUCCGGUGAUCAGAUGCAAACAUUCCUGCUGGAGAAUGUACCGUGCGAGAAGAGCGCCUGCAACCAUAUGACGCGCACGUUCGUCGUCCGAUGGAAAGCGUUGGCGCCAUUCUCGAACGGUACGAUGAUGGGGUCAUUUUUCGAUUUCUACAACGACGGCAUACUGGACGCGAUAUUUGUCGAACGGUACGGCAAUGGGACGCGCCCAGUUGCCUUCCGCAAUUCGCUCGAUUACGAUGCAAACUUCGUGAAGGUGAUCGUGCUGACCGGGCUAAGCAACAGCAGUGGGCCAAAGAUUUUGACUCCACUCGGACGUAAAAAGCGUACGUUCGGAACGAAUCUACCGGGACCGCGGAUCGAAUAUAACACUACCACGCAGGACGGUGAACCACAGCACGGUGCAUCGGCCCAGCUUCCGCAGUCCGCUUACCUAUCGCUUCAUCUUCCCUUCACCACGUUUGGGUUAGGACGAACGCCCAACUUCGUCGAUUCGCUCACGGUGGGGUUGUGGAAUCAUUCGCGCACCUGGACACAGCUGAUACCGAACUCGCAGAUGAUCGUGGUACCGAACCCGAUCGACGAACCGGAACGGUGGAAGGCGCAGCUGUUCGUAACGCCGAGUAAGCUGAUCGUGAUGAGCGUGAUCGCACUGGGUGUUAUCUGUCUCGUGAUACUGCUGCUUAUUCUCAUUCUGUACGCGAAGGAAAAGCGCGAAGAUCGGAUACAGCGAUCACUGGAAGCACAUCGGUUCCAUUUCGAUGCGAUGUAAGGCGCCUGGUGUGGGACGACAGUGGUGGACCAUUUUCCGUUGCACCGGAUAUUUACACAGUUUUCGUGGUCAACUGGUGUAUUUGAAGUCAUUUUUGGAUUCUUUUCAAGUUGAAGUAGGCGUAGAUGAUUUCAGUUUAUGAAAAGAUGGGAAGAUCCGGCAUCGACCUGUUCAUAUUCCGCUUCAACUUGCAAGCAAACCAGGUGUGGUUCCAGUUCCACCAAUUGAAUGCGAAACCCUUGUAUUAAACGGUUUGCGGGGCAAAGUGGUCCACCGUAAACCAUUUUUAACACUGCGAUACACAUAGUUUGUAAACUAAUCGAUAGAGUGACUUAUUUUGUUUUGAUCCGCUGUCCCGCUUUUUUGUUUCCCUUUUUGGAUUAUCCUCAAGCUGCGAAAUAAACACACGGUUCCUUUUGUCUGUAUCCUCUCGUUUACUGCACAUCGAUCCGCGUGGAAUCUAGCAAGAAAAAGUGAACGUUAUUCUAACGAGUCUUUAUGUUAACUAUUUAUUAUACGCUAAUCGUGAAUAAAGUGAAAUUUAACUAUCUAAA